AUGUCAAAUUUGACAAAGCUAGAAUUCGUGGCCCUGGAUAUUUCUGGCAAAAAUUAUUUAUCUUGGAUUCUGAAUACUCGGAUCCAUUUAGAUGCCAUGGGUCUUGGAGACACAAUUAAAGAAGACAAUGAUGCAUCAUUACAAGAUAAAGCAAAGGCCAUGAUUUUUCUCCGACGCCAUAUUAGUGAGGAACUGAAAACUGAAUACCUCACUGAAAGAGAUCCACUUUGUUUGUGGAACAAUUUGAAAGAAAGAUAUGAUCAUCAAAAAACAGUUAUCCUCCCAAAGGCCAGGGCUUAUUGGCAGCUACUGAGAUUGCAAGAUUUUAAAACUGUGGCUGAAUAUAACUCUGCCCUAUUCAAAAUCAGUUCUACCUUGAAAUUAUGUGGUGAUACUAUUACUGAUGAACUUUUGCUGGAAAAAACAUUCACCAUAUUUCACGCCUCGAAUGUACUCUUGCAACAACAAUAUCGUGAGCGUAGAUUUAAAAAAUAUUCAGAGCUGAUAUCAUGUUUGCUUGUGGCAGAGCAAAAUAAUGAGCUUUUGUUAAGAAACCACCAGUCCCGUCCAACUAGAUCGACACCGAUCUUUGAAACAUAUGUUGCCUCAUCCCGUAGUCGUGGACGCGGACAUGGACGUGGUCGUGGUGGUAGAAAUGGCCACAAUAAUGAAUAUGGUCGUAGUAAAAAUAACUACCACAAUAAUGACUAUGCUUGUGUAGUCCAGACACCUGAAGGUGUUAAUCCUGUUGGGUACAAAUGGGUAUUUGUACGAAAACGUAAUGAGAAAAAUGAAAUUGUGAGAUACAAAGCUCGACUAGUGGCUCAAGGUUUCUCACAGAGACCUGUAUAUGUUGAUGAUCUGAAUUUUGUGGGAACAUUGGACAAGAUCGAAAAGUCGACCACUUAUUUAAAGAAAGAAUUCGAAAUGAAAGAUCUCAGAAAGACAAAAUUAUGCCUUGGGCUGUAG